AUGGCAGGCCACGAUCCCGCUUUCGAGGCCAUGAUGGCAAUCCGCGCCAAGCACAAUCACCGCGCGAUGCUUUACUUUGCUGUCAUUCUUUUCAUUCAAGCCUUAUCUACCUGCAUCUUCGUUUUUGCACCUCGCUGGUUGAGGAUUCACAAACACCGACCAACUUUGCCCAGAUUUUGUGCAGCAACUACUCGCAAGCAUGUCCCGUGUCUUCCUUCAGUUGGACACAUGCUCCACGUCGCUGUGUACACCAUCGCCAAUGUGGUCUUGACGUUCGCACCCAUUGACUACACGAACAUGACAACGCUGUCCAACAUUGCUUCACGAACAGGCUGGCUCGCCAUGGCAAAUGUGGCAGUCUUUGUGCUCUUCUCGAUGAAGAUCAACCUGUUUUACUUUGUGGGCGGCUUCACCUACAACCGCCUCAACAUCUUGCACCAACUCGCUGGAUACAUGACCAUCGCGCAUGUCAUCGUACACGCAGCUUCCUAUUCUGCUUACUUCGUCUCGGACCACCGGCCAGAGCGCCUGCUAUACAAGGCGGAGGUGUAUGGGAUGAUUACAGGCAUCUGCUUCCUAAGCCUCGGCAUCUCAGGGGCAUAUAUACGCCGUUGGUGGUAUGAACUCUUCUAUUAUCUACACAUCGCAUUUUGGAUCAUCGGCGUCGUCACUCUUGGGCUUCACCAGCCUGAAACUGGCAAGGGCAUCAUCUUCAUUACCAUCACAUGCGCCAGCCUCUGGGUUCUCGAUCGCCUGACACGCUUUCUCCGCCUGGUCGUCUGCAGUGUCUCGAACGAGGCUACCCUCACGCCCUUGACCAACGGCGGCACCCGCGUCACUCUCAAGAAAGCGCCACAUGGAGCGGAAGCUGGACAGCACUGCUUCCUGUGGAUCCCCGCCGUCCGGAGGUUUGAGAUGCACCCGUUCACCAUUGCCAACGUGGACUCUGCCGAGUUCGUCAUCGCUUCUUAUAAUGGAUUCACGAAAGAUCUCCAUGAGUAUGCGGUCUCGCACCCUAGAGCUGUUGUUCGGGCUAGUGCCGAGGGACCCUACGCCUCCCCUCGCACUCCUGGUAGCAUCGACAAGCUGAUUUUGAUUGCUGGCGGAAGCGGUGGCUCGUUUGCUUUUGGGAGGGGCAAGACACAUGGUUUCGCUCCAGGCCCCCGGUCCGUCAAGGAGAUUGAACUCAUCUGGAUUGUCCGUCAUCAUUCCCAGCUCAACUGGUUCGCGAGAGAGAUCGCAGACCUCGCCGGUCAAGAGCGCGUCAAGAUUCACUUGUUCGUGACCCGCGGACCUGGAGUGAGCCCCCGAGGCAUUGACUCCCUCGCCUUGAGCACGACUGUCUCGAGCCAAGACGGGGCAACUGAUCGCGCCUUUGCCGACGAAGACUGCAAAUCAACAGCAAGUUCCGCAAGGUCUGUCGAUUCCGAGAAGGAGGAUCUUUCGACCGCAACUGAUGAGCGCGACGUCCCCCAAAUCUACGGAGUGUCGGUGACUUUCGGGCGCCCAGACGUGGCGGGUAUGCUUCGUUCAUCUAUCGAGGACCUUGGCAGUGAUGAGGCUGUCACGGUCAUGGCAUGCGGGCCAGGGGGUCUUCUACGUGCCGUACGAGACACCACUUCGUCGUGCACCAAGCCGGACGGGCCUUCUGUGAGCGUGCACUGCGAGCACUUUGGUUGGUAGUCUUGAUUUUUGGGAUUGGCCAUGGCGAACGGCGAACAACUGGGGACUCAGGGAGGCGUUUUCGUUGAGUGUACAUGAUGAUUUCUUGGUCGUCAAAGAGGGUCUUGACACGGUCUGAUUUUGAUA